AUGUCUUCUCAAAGUUCAAACGGCAAUGCUUCAACUGCGUCUAGUAAAUUUUCCCGUGGAGUUGUUCCGAGUAAAAAUCCCCUUUGGGGUUAUGUCACUGUAAAAUCAAAUAAGGCUGGUGGACGUGGGAAUACAUCUUGGACUUGCCACUACUGUGAUACUACAUUUAAUGGUUCCUAUUCUAGAGUGAGGGGUCACUUAAUUAGGGUACCACAGCAAGGGGUUAGCUUUUGUAAGAAAGUCUCAGAUGAUUGCUUUGAAGAGAUGAAACAAAUUGAAAGGGAGGCAGUUGAGAAAGCAAAACUUGUUCAAGUUCUUUUACCGACGGGAACUACAAGUUUGAGACCACCCUUGGAUGAUGGGAGCAAGAAACGGAAAGGAGGAGCAUUAGAAAAGGCAUGGAACAAUAAGGCUAGAGAUCAAUUGACUAGUGAAAUUGCUAGAUUCUUCUACUCAGCUGGUUUGCCCUUCAAUGUUGCUAGAAAUCCAUAUUUUGUGAAAAUGCUCAACUUUGCUGCAAACAAUACUAUAUUGGGCUUUAGAAAGGGGUUCUUGAAGUUUGUUGAUGGAUCUGGUGAAUUUAAGGACAAACAUUAUAUUGCACGGAAGAUUUUGGAGACCAUUUGUGAUGUUGGGCCACUAGAUGUGGUCCAAGUAAUUACUGAUAAUGCGCCGGUGUGUAAGGCUGCCGGUUCUAUUAUUGAAAUUGUUGAUACUAGGUUUGCUUCAACCCUCAUCAUGCUUAAAAGGUUGAGAGAUGUUAAGCAUGGUUUGCAAGCUAUGGUUAUUGAUGAACAAUGGUCUAGCUACCAAGAGGAUGAUCCUGUAAGGGCUACAUUUGUGAAAGAAACAAUUCUAAAGGAUAGUUGGUGGAAGGAGGUUGAUUAUAUUCUAAGCUUUACUAAUCCCAUAUAUGACAUGCUUCGUGCUUGUGAUACCGAUGAAUCAACACUUCAUUUGAUUUAUGAGAAAUGGGAUUGCAUGAUUGAGCAAGUGAAGGUUGCAAUAUUUCAGCAUGAGGGAAAGGGGCUAGAUGAGUAUUUGAGUUUUUAUGAAGUGGCCAUUGCGGAAGUUCCAAAUAGGGUACCACCACAUAAAGACAAUGAGAUAUGCAUUGGAAGAAUGCAAUGCCUAAGAAGAUACUUCCAAGAUGCAAGGGAAAGAAAUGAGGCAUUUCAAGAGUUUUUCAACUUCUCAACUAGGGCUGAAGGUCUUGACCGAUUUUAUUGCUUACAAGAUAGAUGGGAUCUCAUGCCAAAGGUUUGGUGGGUCACAUAUGGUGCUGCACUCCCUAAGCUUCAAACCAUUGCCUUGAAACUUUUUUCUCAACCAUCAUCAUCUUCUUCUGCUGAGAGAAAUUGGAGUACUUAA